AAAAUAAACAACUUAUAGUAAACUGGUGGCUGACCGGUUCUGACAGGUCGAUACCCAAAUAAACAUGCUUUGUGCUUGCAGAAAUAUCCUCACGUGUACAAUAUAUAUAUAAUUAUUGUCCUUGCAAUGUUGUUGAAAGUUUAGAUAAUACCAAAACACAACACGGGAGCUGGCACGUGUGCGUGGUGCGUGACGUCGUAUAUUGGCACCAGUCUGUUCGCUGGCAACAGUGAAACUACUCACUUCAGAUCAGAACAGCUCGGAUUAGAUUCCAGCACUUAUGCAUAUAAUUGAUUAUCACCUUGUCAGUCAUCCAACUGUCCUAGUAGACCAUUCUCGUCAAAUUGUGGAAAAUUAAUCGAGUCUAAGAAUGGCUGGAAUUUCAUUGGCCAGAGUAGAUGGUGAGGGCGUUGACAAAUUACCCAGCGACCUUUAUAUUGGUUUGCACAACGCACAGGAUCAAGAUACCAGCGACCUUGAAGAUAACAGUUUAAGUGCCAAGAUGGAGAUAGAGAAGCGAGAAUUCUGUAAUCUUGUGCGGCCUGAUCUGGGGAAUUAUUCUGCAGCUGCUAAUUUGGCACAAAAUGAGCACAUUAGGCAGCUGUUGAAGGAAGGUAAGAAGGUGUACCACUUUGGUUUUGGUCAGGCCCCGUUUCCCCUUCUUCACUGUGCCGCUGAGGGACUCCGGGAGCAUGCAGAGGAAACGGCUUAUCUUGCCACGCAAGGUAUAGCAGAGCUGAGGAAGGGUAUUAGCAGGUUUCACAGCAGACACGAUGACCUUGACAUUGACCCAGAUAAUAUUGUCGUAGCUCCUGGAAGCAAGGAACUUAUAUUCCUGCUAAUGAGUAUAUUCAAUGGAGACAUUCUGAUCCUGUCUCCUGCAUGGACAACCUACCAGCCGCAGUCCGUGUUGACACAUCACCGUCACUUCCUGAUAGACAGCUGUGCUCAGAGGGGAUGGAGAGUCACCCCGGAGGCCAUUGAAAAGGUGGUGAAUGAAAAUGAUCUCAAGCAGAACCGGCUGAUGAUCAUGUGUAACCCUGAUAAUCCAACUGGCGUGUGCUACACAAAAGCCCAGCUUCAUAGAAUCAGUGAGGUCUGCCGUAAGCACAACAUCAUAGUUCUCUCCGAUGAGAUCUACGCCAGGACGAAGUUUGAUGGGAAACAUGAAUCCAUUGGAAAGUUCUAUCCCGAGGGCACCAUUAUCAGCACAGGGUUAUCUAAGUGGGCCAGUGCAGGAGGAUGGAGACUUGGUUACCACAUUUUUCCUCCCGAGUUAAAAUCCUUAAGAGAUGCCGUUAAAAGUGCUGCCACCCACAGUUACUCCUGUGCCCCUGCUCCCAUACAGUACGCUGCUGCUAAGAUGUUCAAUCACACAGAACACUGCGAUGACUAUAUUUCUCACACCAGACGCAUCUAUGAGGCAGUGGCAGAGCACACAUACACUGAGCUGACCUCUAUAGGGGUAAAAUGUGUGAAACCAGAAGGAAGCUUUUACAUGUUUCCAGACUUUGAAAUUCUGCGGCCCGCCCUGAACCGCAGAGGCAUCAGGACGGGGGCGCAGAUGUGUGCCGCGUUGUUGGACGAAGUAGCUGUCACAGUUUUCCAUGCCAGGUGA